GUAUCAGUAUGACGGAAGCUAUCAAACAUGGUGGACAGCGUGUCUGCUGAGGCUAGAAGAAAGGAGUUGUUGGAUGAAUCCCUUGGUUGUGUCUAUCCAGAAGAUGUUGUUGGCAUCAAACAACGUUAUAAAGACACUUCACUUGUCUUAUUUAAGGAACAGUUGAGUCAACACCAAGCUGAUAAUCGAAGUUUUCUCUCAUUUGGGACAAGGAGGUCAUCAGCAGUUAGUGAGUAUGGAAACACUCCAAUUAUUGUAAGGAAAUCCCGUAGUGCCAAUGGAGAACUUUCAAAGGUAGGUGAACAGUGGCCCUCUUUAAGGGGUAAGUCAUCUCUCAGUAAUUACACACUACAUGAAGGUAAAGAGCUUGGAGAUGAAGAUGGGGAAGAAGAAGAAGAAGAAGAAGAAGAAGAAGAAGAGGAGGAAACAGAGACUGAAGAAGAGGUGGAGUUCAGGACUAAGUCAGAUGAAGAUGUAAAGGUGCAUGCUGGACUUGAUGAAAAAAGAAAGAUUGUUGUUGUUGAUGGACAAGCUGUAUGUAGCAAGUUAGGUAAUGAUCAGAUUGUUAAAGAUGUUGAUGCAGUUCUUGAAAAUAAUGAAAGUGGAGUCAAAGAAAACAGGAAGAGUUUCAGCCAUUAUGAUCUUCAGCAAAGACCUAGAGACUACAUUGAUGAAGAGGUAAAAGAUGGAGACAUUGAAGAUGCCAUCGAUAAAGAUGAUGAUGAUGAUGACAAAGAUGCAGUUAGUAUGCGAACAGUCCUAGAGGUUGAGGGAGUUGAUCAUAAGAUAGUUUUAGUAAGACCAACAUCUAACAAAAAUGAGACUUCGGAUGUGGAUGUCAAUCAGAGCAAAAGAACUUCAGCUGUCAAGGUCAGUCAGAUGGUUUCUGCUGAGAUUUCUCAGAAAGAUGUUAGGGGUAAGUCUGAAAAAAUUCCACAUGAAUCUCAGGGGGAAGCUGUCACUGUAACCUCAGUUCCAUCAAAGUCUGAUCAAAAUGCAGUGCAUAAUGAAUGUGUUGAGGAGAUAUCCUCUGUAAAUAAUGUUUCUAGUGAUAGAUCCUCAACUAAUGUCAAUUUGAAGAGUUUGAAUCACCAGUCUUCCAAUGAUUGGAGUAAAGUAGAGCUUAGAAUUAUAGAACCAUCAGAUUUGUGUGUCCCUGGUAAUGUGGAUGGAAAAAGCAUUAGUGCUACAAUUGCAGGCAGUAGUAGUCUUGCAUCAACUUUGUUAAGGGUGAAGGUGCACGAUGAUGAUGAUGAUGAUGAUGAUGUUGUUUAUAUUGAUGAAUAUUCUCCAUCACCGAGGCAGCGUCAGAACCAAAAGGAAAAUGGUUUAAAUUCAGGCAAGGAAAAAAAUGUAAAUUCAAGCAAAGAUGAAUCGCAGUCUCAUAGUCCUGAUGUGCCUCUGCCCACUCCACCGAAACGUCAUGCAAAGCAGUCCUCCUCAGAACCUUCAUCUGACUUGUCGCUAAGAUCUCUGGAAAGUAAAAAGGUUGAUAAAAAUGAAACUGGAGAAGAAUUAGACAAGUCAGUUGAAGGAGAAGAUGAAAAUGGAUUACUGGCUUUACCUGUUAGGAGUCCUACUCCCCCAAAAAGAAGUCCAAGGCGUUCUCCAAGAACUCCAAAAAGCAAAGAAAAAAAUCAUCAUGAAAGACACUCAUCCUUAGAUCUGCCCAAAAACUUCAGCAGUCAAUCUUCAGUAUCAAAAUCAGCCUCAGUAUCAGCUUCUCCCGCAGCUAGAAGCAAAGAGUCGAGUAAAAUAUUUAAUAUUUCUAUAAAGAAAGAGAGAAGUAGAAGCGUCUCAUCAUUGAGUUCCAAGAAAAACAAGGAGAGGGAAAAAGUUGCUCGAUCAGAAAGUGAAGAUCCUGGUGCAUAUAAUGCUACUGCCACAUUGGACUUCGGUGAUGAUGCGAAAUGUGACACUCCUUCUGGCAAAAGAGUAGGAAUCCGUAGUAUGGUAAUAGAUGGAACUAUCAAAAGAAACUUCAUUGUCAUUCACCCAUCAGAUGAGUCGGAAACAAUAGGAUUAGCUCCUUUAUCAUCAUUUAGUAAUGGUAGUAAAACUUCUCUCAGGACUUCAAAAGCUCUAUCCACCGUAAAGUCUCAUAUUACAGGAAUACCAAGUGGUAAAGUGGAAUCUGUGAAUAAAGCACUACCAAAACAUACCAUGAAAGGAAGCAUUGUAAAUACUCCUACUAAGGACAAAGUGAGAGACCGUGAAUCACUCCACACAGAACCAGACUUGGAAACUACAAAAUUAAAGAAAAGUAGCAGAGCCAAGAAACAAACAGAGAGUCACUUACAUGCAAGUACUGUCAGUCUUUCCAGUACUGUUUCACACAUUAAUUCCAAGGUUGUCAUAGAAUCAUCAGAGGGAAUGUCAGAAGUGGAUUGUGAUUUGGUAAAUAUAUCUACUCAAGGGAUACCUACUAGCUCAACCAAAACUACUUCAAGGCUGUGUGUUAUUAUGUAAAAAGUGAAUCCAAGGUAAUCCAUAUUUAGUCUGUUAAAUUGUUUGCUUGGUAAUUGCAGUUAAUGUUGCAUUAUUUGCUAAGUAUACAAAGUUGAUAAGAGAAGUGUUGCCAUAAACUGGAAGUAGACUGUAGAUAUUUCUUUUAGUGUCAAAGGAUCCCACUCAUUUGAUUAAGAAAGCAGUAAUCAUAUAAAUGUCAUGCCUUGACUGUGUAAUGUACCCACGAUCGAAUUUCGCUGUACCAAGUCCAUUACGGAUCAUACAAAUUAAAAAUGAUGUAAUUUGGUAAAUGGAAAGGCUGGUUUCAUCUGUUUUUUGCAGCUCUGUAUUUUAUGUUGAAUUUUAUUUUUGAAAAACAAUUAUUGUAUGUGUUGCAUUUUGCUCUUUUACAAGAGCAAAAUGUUUUUUUCUUAGGAUCUAAUUUUAGUGCAGCUAUGUCAGAGGAAAAAAUGGGUUAACUUGACUUUGUUUGGUUUCAAGAGCAAAAUGUUUUGUUCUUUGGAUCUAAUUUUAGUGCAGCUAUCUCAAAGGAAAAAGUGUAGCACUCAGAGUAUUUUUGUACCUCUCCUUACUAGAAACAUAGGACUGAAGGUUAUUGUAAUUGUUGUUAGUUCUCUCUAAAUGUGCAGGUUUUGUUUAUACUUGCAGUAAAUAUUGGUAAUAGGCAUUAUUUCAGUAUUAUUUAAUUAAUAUACUGUAAAUAUGCAAAUGUUUAAGAAAACUUUGCAAUGUAUGGACUCAGGACAUCCUUUUUUUAAUAUUGUUCACCACAGUACUGUAUGUAAAUUUAACAUGCAGUGGUAGUUCAGACCUUGUGUUUGCAAAACCUGAAAUGCAGUAUUCUUUUUAACUGAUUAACCCUGUUAGGUAGGCAGUUGUAAUUUUUGCUCUCUGUGGAAAACUGUUAAUUGUUCCAGUAUUUGCUCUUGUUUUAUCAUUAAUUAGAAUCAUAUGCUAUUUGGCCAGUACUACAAUGGACUUGAAUUUUAUGUUCAAGAGGUCACAUUAGUCUGUUUCAAAGGUGUUUCUUCAAGAUAAACAGAUAUGUAGUAGCAAAUACAUCAUAAUUUGAAAGGGCACUGAAUAUUGUGCCUUAAAACAACUUUUUUAACAGAUUGUUUUUUCUUAUUAGCCAUUUACAUGAAAAAAAGAAUCAAACAUUUUUACCCAUUAAAAAGUACUUUUAAUUUAUUUCCUUUGAUAAUUUAUUUCAAGGUCUUGGUACAUUUCAGUAAUUUAAUACAGAGUGCAUAAGUGUGAUACAGAAAACAAGCCAAAUUUUAGUUAUAGGUCAUUUUCAAAUUUUGUUUGUGUUAUGUAAGCUGGCCUUUUCAUACUAACACACUAAUGAAUAUUUCAAUAUAAAUAUGAUAGUAUGUGGUCUGGUUAAACUACUUAAUAAUAUAGUUUCACAUACUUGAAUCGUUCUGACUUGAUAAAUAUAAUUUCACAUACAGUUAAAUUUUUCUAAAAUUAUUAUAUCUAGUCUCGUUGACACAUAUCACUUUUUUUAUUAUGUGUGUAUAAUUUUGAUGUUUGAUCUUAUUUCUCUAAUUUGUAAAUUGUCCAAGGAUCUGAUAUAUAGUUUUGGCAGUUGUAGAGUUUUAAGUUUUGCAUGUUCUAAGUAGGCUUUUCAGGACAUAACUAGAAUAGCUGAGCAUAUUUUCCUUGAUGAAGAAAAUUGGCUUAAGAAGAAUUUGAUUGUGUUUACAGUACUUGACAGAAUUUAUUAUUAACUAGUUGUUCCAGAGUCCCAGUCUACAUAAGUACAAUCAUUUCACCGAAGUAUUGUGUGCUAAAGACUAUACAUAUAAGAUUUGUAUGAUCCAAGGGCAUUUUUGUGUCAUGUUUCAUUGCCGUGGUUAUGUGUAUGCAAUUGUUGGAAUCACAGUGGAGGUAAACUGUAGCCUUUCAACUUUUUGAGCUUUGUAAAAGUUGUUUGAAGGCCUGGAAAUAAAUUUAUUUACACAAUUGCCAGUAUUUUUGUUUAAGAAAAAUGUACAGUAUAUGUGUAAAAGGCAGUUGAAGACUUGCCAAAGAUUUUUUAUAAAAUUAUUUUGUUUACAGAAAAGUACUGUAGUUCUGUAUGUUUGAACAAUUAUAGAUUAUAUGAGGCUUCCUUGAAAGCUCUAAAGAUAGUGAAAGUCCUCAUAUGAAGCAGUUUUUACUUUUACAGGUAAAUUGUCCAUGUAGGGAAAAUGUAACAGGUAAAUUGUCCAUGUAGGGAAAAUGUAACUUGAAGCUCUGCUGAUUUAUGUCAAAACAAAGUAAUGAUAAUUUUUUUACAAUUAUUGAUCCGUAGAACUACUUGUAACAUGACAUUAAGUACAGUGUAGUACUUGUGUCAGUUGAUUGUGUUGUUUUGUUAUUGUGAAAAAGUUUGGAUUGAUAUUUGUAUCCAUUUCAUAGUGGUCUUUUUAGGUAUUUUGAAUUUUUUAUCAUUGUUAUUUCACCCAUAUUGAUUUGUAUAUUUGAAGGAUAAAUCUGUAUAUGUAUUGAUUUUUAAACAUUAA